GCACCAGCACCAGAAUCAGAUCACCACGCACGCACAAAGCCAAGCCAGCCAGGAGGACGCGCACGCUCUAGAGCGCGCGUACGCACGCCACGUACUGGUGAAGAGAGCGGGCACAGAUCACAGCGUGCAGGAUGAGCCUGUCGCCAGCGUCGGAGGAGAGCUACGCGAGGCUCGGCACCGGCAUCGGCAUCGGCCUCGGCUUCGGCCGGAGGUGGCGGCGGGCGAGGGGGUUCCGGCUCGGCGCGAGGAACCGGUUCUCGGUGCGGCGGCUGCGUGCCAAGCUGCUCACGUUCCUGGGCCUCGUCGGCCGCCACGCGCGCCACCUCGCCAGAAGGCUCUCCAGGAGAGGCGGCGGCUCCUGCCCACGGAGCGGCAGCGCGAGGGCGCUCGUGGGCGGCGAGGCGGCGGCCAGCAAGCACAAGCAGCAGCAGCAGCAGGCGCCGAGGAGGCCGGCGGCGUCCUUCAUGCGGACCAACUCCUUCUACGCGCAGGCCAUCGCCGAGUGCCUCGAGUUCAUCAAGCGCAACUCCGUGCCGGUCGAGGACUACGGCAGCGCCGGCGCCGCCGUCGGGAGGUAGCUAGCUCGACCUCGUCGAUCGGGACUCCGUUUGGAGCGCGUGGGCGGUGGAACAAAUGUGUGUACGUACGUUCCGGUUGAUCUCCCGGGUCGUCGAUGGAGUCCCGAUCGAGAUGUGAAACUAGCGUAGUGUGCUGAUAGUACGUACAGAUGGAGUACAGAGGUGUAAACACGUUGUGAAAAUUUGAGUUGCGUAUGUUGAAAUUUUGCGGGGCUGUCA